CCUAUGCAGCUAUUUUUCAAUAUAAUUCCAUAAAAUAAAGGGUGCAUAUGGAAGUUGGACGAAUGAAGAUUGAGGAAGCUACAAGCUAACCUGAUAAGGCCUCGGCUAUGCAAAUUUGCAGUGUUACUGAAUUCAGGUGAAGAUCAUUUGCACAGAAAUAGAAUGGCUUCUCUUUCUGAUUAUCAAAUCCUUCCCUCUAAAUUUCAACACCUCACCCCCUUUUCUUCUUCUUCAACCUUUCGCCUUCCUCUCACUCUCAAACCCAAUUCUCUCUCCUCCCAUUCUAGGCUCUUCCUCGUCAAAUCCUCUCAACUCUCUCUCAGUGACCCACUUCAAUAUCACCCCGAUUCUUCCAACCCAGAUACCCGAAAAAGCUAUAUAUGGGUCAACCCCAAAAGCCCAAGAGCCGCUCAGCUUCGCAAACUAUCAUACGAUUCAAGGUACUCUUCUCUUGUUGAAAUUGCUCAUUCUUUAGAUUCAUGUGAUGCUACUCAUGAAGCUGUGUCUAAGGUUUUGUUUGGUUUGGGGGAAAAUGUUGUAGAACAGGAUGCUGUUAUUGUUGUUAAUAAUAUGAAAAACCCAAAUACAGCUUUAUUAGCUCUUCAAUUUUUCCAGAAUAAGGUCAGAUUGGUUAGGGAAGUUGUGUUGUAUAAUGUUACUUUGAAGGUUUUGAGGAAAGGUAGGGAAUUAGAUAGGGCAGAGAAGCUGUUCGACGAAAUGCUUCACAGAGGUGUUAAACCUGAUAAUGCUACCUUUUCUACUAUUAUUAGCUGUUGUAGAUUGUGUUAUUUACCCCAUAAAGCUGUUGAGUGGUUUGAAAAGAUGCCGGAUUUCGGUUGCGAACCGGAUGAUAUUACGUAUUCGGCUAUGAUUGAUGCCUAUGGAAGGGCAGGGAAUGUGGAUAGAGCAUUUGCUUUGUAUGAUCGUGCGAGGACCGAGAGGUGGAUGAUAGAUGCUGUCACAUUCUCUACCUUGAUUAAGAUAUAUGGGAAGACCGGUAAUUUUGAUGGGUGUUUGAAUGUUUAUGAGGAAAUGAAGGCUCUUGGGGCGAAGCCUAACUUGGUUAUAUAUAAUACAUUGCUAGAUGCUAUGGGGCGUGCCAAAAGGCCCUGGCAAGCCAAGAUUAUUUUUAAGGAGAUGACAAACAAUGGGGUUUCCCCGAGUUGGGGGACUUAUGCUGCUCUUUUGCGUGCCUUUUGUCGAGCUCGUUAUGGUGAUGAUGCCCUCAAGACUUAUAAAGAAAUGAAAGAUAAAGGACUAGAGCUCAAUGUUAUUCUUUAUAACUCACUUUUAGCAAUGUGCGCUGAUCUAGCUUAUGUUAAGGAAGCAGUACAAAUCUAUGAAGAGAUGAAGAGUUCCGGGACCUUCCAACCAGAUAGCUGGACAUUUUCGUCUAUGAUAACAGUAUAUUCAUGUAACAAACAAGUUGCAGAGGCAGAGAAAGUGUUAAAUGAGAUGGUCGAAGCUGGUUUUGAGCCUAAUAUCUUUGUUCUUACCUCGCUUAUUCAAUGCUAUGGGAAGGCCAAUCGAACAGAUGAUGUAGUGAGGACUUUCGAUAGGGUCUUGGAAUUGGGUAUAACUCCUGAUGAUAGGUUUUGUGGCUGCCUUUUAAAUGUUAUGACACAAACACCAAAAGAAGAAUUGGAUAAGCUCAUAGAGUGCAUUGUGAAGACUAAUGAGAAACUUGGCAAUGUGGUGAAGAUUUUGUUGGAGGCUGAAACCAGUGAAGAGCAUUUUAGAGGGGCUGCAUCUGAACUCUUUGAUUCAAUUAGCACUGAUGUAAAGAAGGCUUAUUGUAAUUGCUUGAUCGAUUUAUGUGUCAACCUUAAUAUGUGGAAUAGAGCUUGUGAGCUUUUGGAUCUGGGUCUCACUUCUCAAAUAUACAGAGAUUUACAGUCCAGAACUCCCACUCAGUGGUCUUUGCACUUGAGAUCUCUUUCCCUUGGAGCUGCUUUGACUUCACUACAUGUUUGGACGACUGACUUGGAAAAGGCCGUUGAAAGUGGGGAGGAGCUUCCUCCGCUGCUUGGUAUCAAUACAGGACAUGGAAAGCACAAGUACUCUGAAAAAGGAUUAGCAGGUGUAAUUGUUGCUCAUCUGAAGAAACUUAAUGCCCCAUUUCAUGAAGCUCCAGAUAAACUUGGCUGGUUUCUGACAACGAAGACUGCAGCACAAUCAUGGUUAGAGUCUCAAAAGUUCUCUGAACAAGUUUCUGGUUAGGCGCUCCUUGUUCGUUUCCAAAUUUUUGUGGAGGGAUUUGUCAUUUUCAAUUGUCCAAGAGUCAUAGUAAGUAUUCUUCUUUGCAUCUUAUUUAUUUAUUUAUUAUUCGUAGAUGAUUUCUUUUCAUAUAGAGUUGGUUUGUUCUCCUGGCAUGAUUUUUCAACAGUUGUGUGUCAAAUUGCCAUAUAUAGUUUUAAGGCCUAAUGAGAAAAGUAUUAAGAAUACUUUUUAAUGAUUCA